AUGUCUGCCUCACCGCUCUCACCUGGUGCCGAGAUGGGCAAUCAUUGGCAGCUCUCGUCUGGCGCUUCGUCGCCCCGAUCCGACACUUCGAGCAACACCAACAGCUUGUUCUCUUCGCCUGAUUCGCCUGCCGACACAGAGCUCUCAUUCCCCAGCCUUGGAGCCAAUGAUGCCAAGGAGCUUACUACCGCAGCUCACCACGGCAUUGCCGUGAUGCCGAGUUUUGCGAACCAUGUCCUUGUAGGAAAUAAGGCAUACGCACCGGGUCAAAUCCGGGUGAUGGCCGAUGUUCUCCUCCGGGCACGCAAGACAGGAGAGUUUCCCACGAGCACUGCAACAACCGAAGACCCUCAAAGCAUCAUCGAGGACUGUCAGCAUCUUCAGCGCUUGCGCGACAUCAGAGGUGACCUUUCCCAGCCACCGCCGGAGAAGUACGUCAUUCUCAAGGUCGAUAUUGCUCGUCGCAUCAAGGCUCGUGAUGAAGCCUAUGGAGCCCCAGCCAAAUUACAAGAGGUGGAUCACCGAGUUCAAAACUGGAUGAGCUCAAUCAACAAGGAAGCGCGCAUGUUGGAGAUUACACAGGCGGCACUUCAGCGCAAGGGCAUCAACAACCCCACCCAAGACGACUUGGACGCCAUCGCCGAGGAGUUUAUGCAGAUCGCGGAGCGCACUCUUCUUGACGUCGCCAACCCUUUGCGCAUGAACACUACUCGACUUGCUGGCAACAUUGAUCGCUUCGAUAGCCAGCUCGAUGGACUGUCAUCCAUCAACGAUGCAGUCAGUGCCUCCAUGACGUCUCAAAUCAACACUCUCAGCACCAUGCUGGGUGCUCAAGCCAAUACAUUCAAUGGCUCUGUCGGCAUGCUAAACAAAGCACUCACGACCGUGACCACUGACCUGCAUCAACUCUCCACCAACCUACCAGCAAUCAUUGCGGCUGCAGUUCAAGCUGCAGUCAAGGAGCAACUGUCUCCUCUUUCUCAUCAGCACUUCCACGCCAAGCAACACCAAUCCAACUACGAUCAGCCCCCCGGAUACGCUACAGCUACACGGAUGCAACAAUACCGAGCGACUGGCGGAGAGCACUUUGGCGGUGGCGCACGAGCUGUCGCUUCUGCAGUCCAAGUAUCAGGACAAGAAUCUGGACAAGAAUCUGGACAGGCCUUACAAAUGGGCGUGCAGCCCACGAAGUCCAGAUUCAAGAGAUUCUUUCGGGCCAUUACUAGAAGAGGCCAGUCGAAGAAGGAAGCGGGUUCCAAGUAA